GUUCCAUGAGAGCUUGUGGCAAGUAUUAGUCUACCGACAAACUUAGGUGAUAACGAUUAAAGAUGACCAUAAAUGAUUCCAACUCCCAAUCUCCAAUACUCACAACUCACAAUUCACAAAUCACAAAAAGAGAGUGUGCUCUUAAGAAAAAAGAAUGGCAGAAGGAGUUAUUUCCGACUUAGUUGCAAAGGCUCUUGAACUGUUGGCAACAUCAACCUUUAAAAAGGCUUCAUCCUGGUGGGGUGCAAGAGAUGAUCUGAAGAAGCUUGGGAAGAGCAUGGAGAUGAUCCAAGCUCGAGUUCGUGAUGCCGAAAAGUAUCAAGAAGAGGAGGGUAGUGAUGCUAUCAAACUGUGGCUUCGGAGGCUGAAGCUGGUGCUUUACCAAGCUGGUGACUUGUUUGAUCGUAUUCUGACUGUUGAUAGCCAGAAACAGCGCAGAAAACAAAAUCACAAGGUACACUUUUUCUUAAGGUCUAGCUCUCCUGUUUUAAACUGGAAGAUAGCUGGAAAAAUCAAGUCUAUCAGAAAACAACUUGAUGCCAUCAACUCUGAUAUGGCUGGCUUAAAUUUGCCGUCUUAUCAGCAUAGAGUAGGACCAUCACCUCAAAUGGCUCUUUUAAUGAAUAACAGAGCAACAACCCCGUUUGUGGAAGCGGAGGAUGUCAUUGGCAGGGAAUGUGAUAAAGACAAGAUAAUUGAGAUGCUUUUUGAUCCUAAAUAUGAUGCGGAGAAGGUUACCAUCAUCCCAAUCAUGGGGUUCGGGGGUAUAGGGAAAACGACUCUAGCUCAAUUUGCUUUUAGUGAUCAGAGGGUCCAAAACCAUUUUUUUCCUUUGAAGUGGGCUUAUGUACCUGAGAAAAAUGAUCGCAAUGCUGUAAUGGGAAAAAUAUUCAACUCUUUCACUGGUAGGAAGUAUCAUAAUCUUCAAAUGAAGGACCUUGAAGACGGCAUUAGAGAGUCGAUAAAAGGCAACAAGUAUCUACUUGUCCUAGAUGACAUAUGGGAUGAGAGUGGUGAUAGAUUGAUUGAUCUUGGGAACUUGCUCAAAUGUGGUGAACCAGGCAGUAAAGUAAUUGUAACUACACGCUCUGAUGUUGUUGCAAAAAGUCUUGGCACCAUUAAAGAACCCUACAGAUUGGGAACUCUAACUGAUGAUCAGUCCUGGAAUCUUUUCGAAAGAUUGGCACUAGACACUCCGGAAGAGUGGUUGUAUGUCAGAGAUGCUCAAUGCGCAAAGGCACAACACACAAUAGGUAGCGACAUCAUGCCUAUUCUGAAGUUAAGUUAUGAUGACCUACCACCAGCAUUGAAACAGUGCUUUGCCUACUGUUCGUUGUUCGAGAAAGGCUAUAAUUAUAGCCAAACAGAACUGGUUCAUCUAUGGAUGGCUCAAGGAUAUUUUGAAGCAUCAAGCAGAGAUAUCGGAGACCGCUACUUUUUGGAAUUGCUACGGAGGAAUCUAUUUCAAGAUCCUAAAGAAGAUCUUGAAGCGAACAUUACAAGCUGUAUAAUGCACGACUUAGUGCAUGACUUGGCACAAAAUGUAGCUGGUCACGAGAGCAUCGUAGCGGAUGAGUCGUCUUCAUCCCAAGUCAGAGAUGGACUCAUACAUGUAAAUCUUGGUACAUUUAAAGCUCCACCUUUGUUAUUUGAAGCUAGAAUGUUACGCUCAUUGUUUUCUGCAAACGUUGAAUGUGACAGAUUGAUAUCCAACUUCAAAUCCUUACGGGUCUUGAGCUUGAAAGAUGCUUGGAUAAAUAGGCUCCCAGAUUCUAUAGGGAGGUUGGUAUAUCUGAGAUACCUUAAUCUUAAUGACAAUUUCAUUAAAUAUCUUCCCCAAGCAAUAACAAGAUUAGAGAACUUGCAAACACUUCGCCUUCAAAAUUGUUCGCGACUGAAGGAACUGCCAAGAGAUUUUACUAAAUUUCCCAACCUGAGGCACUUGGCUAUUGGUGGGAGCAGUUUGACUACGAUGCCACCAGGAUUUGGUACAAUGGCAAAUCUGCAAGAGUUAGAUGUAUUUGUAGUUGAGGAAAACUUUGCUAUUGAAUCCAAUCUGGCGUCACCAAAUAAAGAAGCAUCAUCAUCUCUUUUCACGUCAUUAAAGCACCUGCGUAUUGAUGGAACUAAGGACUCUUUGUCAAUUAGUAGUAGAUUGUGUAAACUAGAAUCAGUAGAAAUAACUCAUGGUAUGGAAUUGAGGAGUUUGAUGAUUGAAUCUCCAAGUUCCAUACGGGAUCUUCAACUAAAUUGGGUUAAUAGUGGCUUUUGUAAUAUACUAAAAGGAGAUUUUCCUUUCAUUGAGAAACUGACGAUCUGGGUGAAUAGUGAAGAAUUAGAAGAGGGGAACACUUCUACGUAUUGGCAAGGCUUGAGAAGCCUCCGUAGCUUGGAAUUGGGUUUCAUGAAGAACCUGAAGAAGCUCCCUCCAGGCAUUGCUUGCCUAACCAACCUUCAGGCCCUUCAUAUUGCAUACAUGGAAAACUUGACAGCUCUCCCAGAUGAGAUCGGUAACCUCUCCCUGCUUCAGGAACUUACAAUUACAUGUAUGGACAAGUUGAUAGCACUCCCGGAAGAAAUCGAUAACCUCUCCCUGCUUCAGAAACUUACAAUUGCACGUAUGGACAAGUUGAUAGCACUCCCGGAAGAGAUCGGCAACCUCUCUAAGCUUUCGUACCUUGAGAUUAAUUAUUGUCCAGAAUUGCGGGUACUUCCACUAUCAUUACAAGGCCUCACCUCUUUACAGGAACUUGUUAUUGAAGAGUGUCCACAUCUGGAAGAAAGAUAUAGCGUCAAAUUCCAUGGCCGAGAUCGUCACCUCCUUCAACAUAUUCCCGAUCUUCAAUUUAGGUAAAGAGAAUUUCCUUACAAGGAAGGGGAAAAAUUGGGGAUCAUAUUUGCAAAGGGUGAAAAUCGAACUCCUGUCAAAGGGGUGGAAGAAAGAUCUUACAACCAAUAGGCCAACCUUGAUUCUCGCCUUCAUUUUUGUACUUGCUCAUAGCUUUUAGCUAUUGAAUAUAUCGACCUUGACUACCUGAGUGAAGGGAGCACAUCAGCACACUGUAAUCAAACCUGCAAGGCUACAACUGCAAGGAAGAAGGAGGACCCUUCAAAAUAAGCAUGACAAGCAACUUCAAUAGUGAGCUAUAACAUCUUGUAGGCUUGUAACUUGACUUGUCACAUCAGUUUUUUAAACAAUAUUGCUUUUUAGGUACAAGUCUCCCAAUGAUAUGCUAUAAUACGUUGUUGCUAGUAUAAUCCCACAUGACAAUUAUUAUUUUCUAACUUUAAUAUUUUUAUUCAA